AUUAAAAGAUGCAUGCAUCCUGCUUACUCUUUCUUCAACGCAACAAGAUACAUCAACUGAAUAUAACGAUAAUAAUUCGCAGCAAAAAACUUUAACUCAAAUAAUUUCUAUACUAUUCGAUGAAGAAUCAGAACUUUCGGCUGUCUCUAGGAUGUUGGAGAGUUUGGGAGUUUAUCACCUAUCUCCAAAAGAGGCUAAAGAGGUGGUCGGAAGAAGGGUCGAUUGUUGGAAAUAA